GCUGAUUGUGAUUACGGAACAAAUGUUAAAAACAACUUCAAACAACACGUUUUAAUUCACAAAGUUUUUAAAAAUUUUAAAUGUGCUACUUGUGAUUAUGGAACCAAUAAUAAACAUCUCUACAAACAACAUGUUUUAACACAUAACGUUUCUAAGGAUUUUAAAUGUGCUACUUGUGAUUAUGGUACAAAUAAUAUAUACCACUUCAAACGACAUCUUUUAAAACAUACAGUUUCUAAGAAUUUUAAAUGUGCAGAUUGUGAUUAUGGGACAAAUGAUAAACACGACUUCAAACAACAUCUUUUGACACAUAAAGUUUUGAAGGAUUUCAAAUGUGGUAAUUGCGAUUAUGAAACAAACAAAAAAUACAACUUUAACCAACAUCUUAUAAAACAUAGAGUUUGUAAGAGUUUUAAAUGUGCUGAUUGUGAUUAUGUGACAAAUGAUAAGUACAUCUUCAAACGACAUCUUUUAAUUCAUAACGUUUCUAAAGUUUUUAAAUGUACUGUUUGUAAAUAUGGAACAAAUGAAAAACACAACUUAAAACGACAUCUUUUAAUUCAUAACAUUUCUAAAGAUUUUAAAUGUGCCGAUUGUGAUUAUAGGACAAAUGUUAAACACUAUUUGAAACGACAUCAAUUAAAACAUCGGGUUUCCAAGGAUUUUAAAUGUGCUCAUUGUGAUUUCGGGACAAAAAGUAAAGCCCAUCUUAAACAGCACCUUUCAAAACAUAAAGGAGUCUACGGUUUUUAAAUGUGCUAAUUGUGAUUACAAUGUAUACUAGGGUUUGUACUCUAGAAUUGUAGCCUCCCUUACAUUGUUUGUUGCAGUGAUAUUGAACAGAACUGUAGGAUCUCCUAAAUAUUUUUUAACAAAGCAAAUACGUUACUAACGAGUUUUUGAUGUGAAGAAGCUAAUUUGAGCAUGUAUCUAAGAAUAAUAAAUUUCGACCA